CAGCACUUUAGCUCGGGGUGAAUGAAAAUCAAUCAGUGUGACUGCGGCGGUGUAUCUUGCACAGACCUAAUCUGGUUGUCCAAAUUUCCAACUCUUCACCCUAGCCCCCAGUGUGUAAGAUGAGUGGAGAAGGGUCUGAGCUACGAGGAUGAAGAGGCUCCUUCUCCUGGUGCUGCUCUCAGUCUGUUGGGCUGAUCACCUUCCAGAGAGCUACACUCCGGAUCAAGACAGAAUCAUUCACAUCCAAGCGGAAAAUGGCCCCCGUCUCCUUGUGGAAGCAGAACAAGCCAAAGUCUUCUCACACAGAGGUGGCAAUGUGACGCUACCGUGUACAUUUUACCGAGACCCUACAGCAUUUGGCUCAGGAAUCCACAAAAUCCGCAUCAAGUGGACCAAGCUGACUUCGGAUUACCUCAGGGAGGUGGAUGUCUUCGUUUCCAUGGGAUAUCACAAGAAGACCUACGGUGGAUAUCAGGGUCGAGUGUUUCUGAAGGGAGGUAGUGAAAAUGACGCCUCCCUGGUCAUCACAGACCUCACCCUGGAGGAUUACGGGAGAUACAAGUGUGAGGUGAUUGAAGGACUGGAAGACGAUACUGCUGUGGUAGCAUUGGAGCUGCAAGGUGUAGUGUUCCCUUACUUUCCACGGCUGGGACGCUACAAUCUUAACUUCCAUGAAGCACGGCAGGCUUGCCUGGACCAGGAUGCUGUGAUUGCGUCCUUCGACCAGCUGUAUGAUGCCUGGCGAGGUGGGCUGGACUGGUGCAAUGCUGGCUGGCUCAGUGAUGGAUCUGUGCAGUACCCUAUCACCAAACCACGCGAGCCCUGUGGGGGCCAAAACACAGUGCCUGGUGUCAGGAACUAUGGGUUCUGGGACAAAGACAAAAGCAGAUAUGAUGUUUUCUGCUUUACAUCCAACUUCAAUGGCCGAUUUUACUACCUGAUCCACCCCACCAAGCUCACCUACGAUGAGGCGGUGCAAGCUUGUCUCAACGAUGGUGCUCAGAUUGCCAAAGUGGGCCAGAUAUUUGCUGCUUGGAAGCUUCUAGGCUAUGACCGUUGUGAUGCCGGCUGGCUGGCGGAUGGCAGUGUCCGCUACCCUAUUUCUCGGCCAAGAAGGCGCUGCAGUCCUACCGAGGCUGCAGUGCGUUUUGUGGGGUUCCCGGAUAAAAAGCAUAAGCUGUACGGGGUCUAUUGCUUCAGAGCAUACAACUGAGUGUGGCCUAGGAAGAGGCAGUUCUCAAGUCAGAGGGAACACGUGAAAAGUUUUCUGUUUUUGUUUUUGUUUUUAAUAUGAACACAUGCAAGUUACCAAAACUGUGAUAACCCUUUUUCACUUACUGUAAAGAGUUGUUUUCAUGAAGGCCAAUUCAUUCAUUUGUUUUGUAAGGCUAUCAGUCAGUGUAUAUUAUAAAUUAAUAUAACUAUAAGGGAAGCUAAAAAAAACGGGCUCCAGAGCCUGUUUUAUGCUACAUCAUCCCAACAAAAUGCCAUUUCAUGAAUGGGGUAUGCAAUAGUCUGAUAACCAGAAUUAUGUUAGGGAAAAAAAGCAGCAACUUCCACAAGCACAAACUUUACAUAUUUCUACAACUUUGAGAUGCACUUCACUAAACAAAUUAGAACAGCAAAUCUGAAAUACAUAAACGGGGAUUCUGGGAGGUGCAAAAACUCAGUUUCACAAAAGAAUAAUGAACACUUUUCUAAAAGUUAAUACUUCAAGUCUCCAGGAUAUAAAAAAGUUUACUAUUUAAAAUUCUACCUUUUUGACUAAAAAGAAAACCAUAUAGAUUCAAAUGCAUAAUAAUAAAACCACAGUUAGAACUCCUAGAUCAACCCGUUUGUAUGAAGUAUAGAAUUAUAUACACAGAUAAUAUUUUACCAAUGAGAGAUUGCUACCUUCUAAUUAAAAUUACCUAUCAGAAAGAAUUAUUUUAUCAUUUUUGAGUAGCUUCACUGAGUUAUAUUUAAAUUCCAAGGGAUCUUUGCUAAGCAGUAUUUAGAAUUUACUCAGGGCAGUUGAAAAGAUAAACUGCUGGACAGAAAAACAUAUAAAAUGUAGCAGCUUGAUUUUAUGUUAGCUUUAUGUCCUAUAAAAUAAUUUUAACCUAUUUAAUAUUUCUUUCUUAUUUACAGUAUAUGACAAAAACCAUCCAAAUGAAUCAAUAACUCUACACUUGCUUAACUAAGAAAUCAAGACUCAAUAUCCAAAAUUGUUGUCCCUGCUUGCCUUCACAACAGAGACCCCAAAAAGGAGCUGUGUUUAGGAGGGAAAGUAAGAUCAUGCAUUUCUAAAGAGUGUCUCAAAUAGAAAACAGAGUCACUGUCAGUUUCCUUUCUGGUUAUCAUUUGGCAGAAAAAAAUACUGACACUCACAUCAAAGACUUUACAACUUCAAGCUUUAAGUAAAAAGUUGAGUCCAGGCUCAGAAAAAAAAAAAUGACUUUCCAUAUUAGCAAACCCAAUCUUAAAUAAAGCUCUCUUUUUAUGACUGCUGAGACCUCACAGGGACCAAUAUUUGUAUUCAAGUAAUUUUCUGAUUUCCCAUUGUUUCACAGAGAAUUCUGGUGAGUGGGUCUUACUAUAAUAAUCCACUACAACACAGCUGAUGUACUGUCCUCGAUGUUUUUUUUAAUGUAGAUCCCCCCCCCCCAAUGAACAUGAGUAAAUAAAUCUGUUUCCUGAAUUGACCGUGGUUGCAUUUAAAACUCUGUAAUGACUAAGCUUACUCUAUAGGCUUACAUGUGUGGAAGGCAUAGAGCAGUUUGAAGUCCAUGGAAUCAUAACUAUCACGAUAUACUAUCUAGAUAAAAUAUUAUAAGUAAAACCAGCUUCUUUUUUUCAGAUUCUUUAGUCUUAGAGCAUGAGGAUGCAGUUUUAAGUUAGGAUACACAAAUUACACAAGACUUUAAGGUCAAAGAGAUGAUAAGGCUUCAUGCAAACUGCUGAUUUAUCUCAAACUUCUAAACUCAACACACAUUGAAGAUACUGAACGGUCUAAAAUAUAAUGAAUAUUUUGUUUAAGCAGGAGACUCUGAACACCUUAUGAGCAGGGCUAUGCUCUUUAGAGGAAGACCAUACUUGAAAAAUUAUUACCUACAUUAUAGGAAUUUUGUCAGAAAUGCAAGUAGGAAAAUUUUAUAUUGAAGUGGGUGCAUUCUUUCCAGUUAUCGUCAUAGAAUUCCACACUUAAGUAUAGUAGCAUUUCUUAACUUUUGAAUACUUAGUAUAGGAAACGGUGCUGAUCUAUAUCUCCAAAGUGACUGUUAGCUGACUUACAUCUGUAUCAAUUGCAUACCAUUUGUCCAUUCUUGGAAAAAAAAAUUCCCUAGGAUGAACACUGCUGAGCAGAGUUUUUAUCUUCUGAUUUUACACAAAGGACCAGAAUCCUGGUUCCCUUUGAACUCCUAAUUAAAAGGGGGUCUUUUAAUGGUCUCAUCUUGCUGUUUUAUUCCACCAAAUAUCUAUUUUCAUAUUUCAUAUCUCAUUAUGAAUAUCUUCAAGAGAGAAGUUGUCUUAGUACAAUUCCUAGCAGAAAUCUGACACGACACUAAUUCAGAAAUCACUUUGUAGACUUCAAGAUAUCCAGAGUAUCAAAAGAUAGAUAGAUUACAAAAUGUUUUCAUCAUUUUGUCUUAUGACCCAUAUAAAAAACAAAUUAUAUCCACACAUUUUACUGAAAUUCCAUUUGAAAAACUCUAAGCCAAAAAGAGCUAAUUCAUAUAAAAAUAUAGUAUAGGGAUGAAGAUAAGUUGUCAUAUGAACACUGGAAGCCAUCUUUUAAUGACUGCUGCCAUAUUUUGUCACAGUAACUUUUAGCCAAAUGUAGUAUUUGUAAAUUUAAAAUUUCUUUCAUAUAAAGGGGGCCGGCACCUGUUAGUGUUGUUUUAUGCAGUAAGAUGGUCGCUUGUUAUUGAGGCAAUUAGUAGACUCAAAUAAGAUACCCAUUUGGUUGCUGGCAGCCACACUGGGUGUGUUGAUUUCAGUACUCCUAAAAACAGGCUUGUGUUAUGGAGUAGCUGCCUACUACAGAGGGAGGACUAGAAGGCAAUCGGUCAUCAGGUUUGGUUUAGCUUUGUUUUUGUUUUUUGUUUUUUUUUUGUUUUCUUUUAUUUGUUUGUUUCAUUUUGGUUUUGCAUAGAAUACUUAGAGAAAAAUCAAUUGACAGCUGACAGGGUUUUUUAUUAUUUUUUUUUGAGAAGUUAACUGUGUCAUAGCUCAUGACUGCCAGAAGAUCACUGUCCAGAAAAAGCUAUGAAUAAUACAGAAGUCAUUAAGCCACCCAAUUAGAAGCAAAGUCAGUUUUUAAAUGCAUUUCAUAGCUACUAAGUACAAAUUUGAGGAGAACCAAUCUGUAUUACAAAAAGACUGUUUUCAUUUUCUGUAAGAUACAAUGAACUGGUAACAAACAUUAAAAGUCAAUUUUGCUUUACUCCAGUAUUAUUCGAUUCUUCUGGCUUGUAAAAUCAGUCAUUUUUCUUUGGGUCCAAGCUGGUAAAUAUAUCAGCAAUAGUCUGUUGCUAGUGUUAUGCUUUGGAUAAAAACACAUCCCAAUAACUUAGAGCUUUGACAUUCAAACAAGAAAGAAUACUUCACAAUUUCCCUAUACUUAUCUGCAAUACAUUAAAAGCCUUGAAGAAAAAACCUUCCAAUAGAGAGGCCAAUUAAAUCUCCUUUUAGUGUGUAAACUCUUUCAAAAUGAGGGAUAUAAUUUUUAUU